AUGCCUCGCGGAGCCGACUACGAUAACGGAAUCCCCCAGUCCGACAACGCCAUAGAGGCAGGCCCCGACAAAGUGCACGGCACAAACCCCGGCUCGGACGUCGACCGCUCCGACAAAGCAGCCGCUCUCCCCGAGACCAUGGGCGAGAACAAAGUUGCCAGUGGAGGUGGUAGCGCCGGUCACAGCUCGGGGAAAGGUGGUCAUGAGCCCAAGACUUUGGGUGAGAAAAAGGGUCUUAGGGCUUAG